AUGGUGAGUUCAGAGGGAUUGAGUGCUCCGCUGCCGCCUCCUCAAGCGGCAACGAGGCAAUACGGGGUGACAAAGCCAAUAUCGACAGCUGGGCCUACAGAAGCCGAUAUUCAAAGGACUUUAGAGUUAGAGAAGUUUUUGGUUGAUGCGGGGCUUUAUGAGAGCAAAGAGGACGCUGACAAGAGAGAGGAGGUUCUUCAGCGAAUUGGGCAGAUUGUCAAGGAUUGGGUGAAGCAACUUACUCGCUUGAGAGGAUACACAGAUCAAAUGGUUGAGGAUGCCAAUGCUCUUAUUUUUACAUUUGGCUCCUAUAGGCUUGGGGUGCAUGGUCCUGGGGCUGACAUAGACACAUUAUGUGUUGGGCCAUCCUAUGUCAAUCGAGAGGAAGACUUCUUCUUUAUAUUGCACAACAUUCUGGCUGAGAUGGAAGAGGUGACCGAACUGCAACCAGUUCCAGACGCUCACGUUCCUGUAAUGAAGUUCAAGUUUGAUGGAAUAUCAAUUGACCUUCUUUAUGCAAGUAUUUCUCUCUUGGUUGUACCAGAAGACCUGGACAUUUCUGAUGUAUCUCUGUUGUACGAUGUUGAUGAGCCUACUGUUCGAAGUCUUAAUGGCUGCAGGGUUGCAGAUCAAAUUUUAAAACUUGUUCCAAAUAUUGAGCAUUUCUGUACAACACUCAGAUGUUUGAAGUUUUGGGCGAAGAGGCGUGGUGUUUAUUCCAAUGUUACUGGAUUUCUUGGGGGAGUGAACUGGGCUCUUCUUGUUGCCCGGGUGUGCCAGCUUUAUCCCAAUGCAGUUCCCAGCAUGCUGGUUUCUAGAUUUUUUAGAGUAUAUACACAAUGGCGUUGGCCAAAUCCUGUCAUGUUAUGUGCCAUUGAGGAGGAUGAACUUGGUUUUUCUGUCUGGGACCCGCGUAAAAAUCCUCGUGACCGGACUCAUCACAUGCCAAUUAUAACCCCUGCUUACCCUUGUAUGAACUCCAGCUACAAUGUGUCACAAAGUACCCUGCGUGUUAUGGUGGAGCAGUUUCGAUACGGAAACAAUAUCUGUGAGGAAGUCGAACUGAAUAAAGCUCGGUGGUGUGCUCUGUUUGAGCCAUAUUUGUUCUUUGAAAGCUACAAGAACUAUCUCCAGGUUGAUAUAGUUGCUGCUGAUGUUGAUGACUUGCGUGCUUGGAAAGGCUGGGUCGAAUCUCGGCUUAGGCAACUGACUCUAAUGAUUGAAAGGGAUACUUUAGGGAUGUUACAAUGCCAUCCUUAUCCCCAUGAGUAUGUUGAUACGAACAAACAAUGUGCCCACAGUGCGUUUUUUAUGGGUUUGCAGAGGAAACAAGGGGAGAAGACUCAGGGUCAACAGUUCGAUAUACGAGGGACUGUUGAUGAGUUCAGGCAUUCCAUUAAUAUGUAUCUGUUUUGGAAACCGGGGAUGGAAAUUUAUGUUUCUCAUGUUCGUAGAAGGCAACUUCCUCCAUACGUGUUUCCUGAUGGUUGUAAACGACCUCGACCCUCUAGAAUUAUGGCCCAGCAGCAGGCUGAUAAAUUGCCUUAUGAUGAUGGUGAAGUUAGUGUGACAGGAUCUGGUGAGAGACACCUGAAGAGGAAGAAGGAUCUUGAUGGGGUGGAUGUGAAUCAAGUUAUGCCACUAGAGAAACGGCAAUCUCUUAGCCCACAACCCCGUGAUUCAGUUUCUCCUGUAAUUAUUUCUGACAAGGCAAGCAGUGCAUCUCCGGAGCAGUCAGAUAAAGGUUUUAGUAUGGAAGUGGUUGAGUCAAAUAAAAGACCACUGUUGGGAGAAAUGGAGCCUGAAUAUGCCUCAAAUUCCAGUACUAUUACAAAUGUUACAAGCAAGGGCAGUUGUGAUGAUGCGGGAUUUGGAUCAGUGGCUGUUAGCAGUGAGGGGAAUACUAGGAGUGUUGAGGGAAGCAGUGUUGGGAGUAACAACCAGGAUAUUUGCAGGGCGAUGUAUGCGAGGCAGACUCGGAAUCUCUUUCAGAUAAUGGAUGCGGAAAUGGAAACCUGCAGCAAGAUGGAUCUCAAGAAGCAUUAG